AUGUCCGCCUGGGUCAUUUGGGGAAAACUGUUCAGAAGAGUGUCCAUCGGGAUUUAUGGUCACUUUUGUGAGGAAAAAUGCACAUGUGAUGACAACUGUGAUAAGGAAAAUGGCUGUGUUCAAACAACAAAUGAGACAGAGACGCUGCACUCCAAUGAUAGGGAGUUACAGAUAACAACAGAGUUGCCUGACUGUCAAGAGAAAACUCCAUGCCUUCCGUUCUACCCCACAAUAGUAUACAUGGUAGUGGCAAUAUCAGUGGAAGCAAUAGUCAUCUGCAUGCUGAUUGGAACAACUAUCUUAUUUGCCAGGUCAAGGGCACACAGUUGGAGCUUAUAUUCUUGUCCUCUUCCGGCAAAUACUAUAUCUCUGGAAACACAACAAGAGGACGAUUAUACCUUAUUACCGGAUAGAGUUCAACUUCCUUCCUGCGUAAUGAAUGAAAGAUAAUUAAAAAAUAUCAACAUUUUACUCAACAAUGGCAAGAA